AGACGGGACAGGUGGUGUAGGACAUGGGAAACCAUAGAGCAACGCAGUCAGGGUCAGUGACGCAAGAGAAGAGAAGCGAAAGAGCUACCUUAGCUUAGUAGCUAACUGAUCUCUAUCCUUAUCUACAUCGCUGCGGUAAAUAGUGAGCAUAUUGCUAGACUCGUUAGCUGUAGAAAAGCAUACAGCUUUUUCUGAACGCACACCAUGGAGGACUGCUCAUUUAGGCCGUCCACUGAUAGUCUCGAUGACCCCCCAAAUAGCCGCUUGUUUCUGGUGAUAAGCAAAUCCAUAACCGAGGAUGUUAUCCGGGAACAUUUUUCAGUUUUCGGCGAAAUCCAGGACAUCUGGAUGGUAAAAGACAAGCAGACAAAAGAGUCGAAAGGAGUUUCGUUUGUUAAGUUUGCCAAAUCCUCACAAGCAUGCACAGCCAUGGAAGAAAUGCACGGAAAAUGCCUUGCAGAGGGAACCAAACCCAUCAAGGUGUUCAUGGCGCAGUCGCGGUCCUCCGGUAGCCACAGGGACGUGGAAGAUGAGGAGCUGACCCGAAUAUUUGUCAUGAUUCCCAAAACCUUUACAGAAGAUGAUUUGAAAGAAACGUUCAAGGAGUACGGUGACAUAGAAUACUGCAUUAUCAUUAAGAACAAAACUACCGGCGAAAGUAAAGGCCUGGGGUAUGUCAGGUACCACAAACCAUCACAAGCAGCUACCGCCAUAGAGAACUGUGACAAAACAUUCCGGGCCAUUCUCGCCGAGCCCAGGACCAAAAACUCUGGCGCCGACAACGACUACUUCAGCAACGCGCGGGCGGACCACGCGACGGGCGACCCGGGGAUGAGCGGCUACCCCUUCGCCGACGCCAGCAACUACGCCAUGGGGGACGGCCGGGGCUCCGACAUCAUCACCAGGUGCCUGAUGGUGUCGUCCAGAGCGAGCAUCACCCAGGAGCAGGUCUACGGCCUCUUCGACCUCAUCCCGGGGAUGGACUACUGCGAGAUGCAGAGAGACCCGUACGGAUUUAACAAAGGUCAGGCUAUGAUUCGCUACAACAACCUGGGCUCGGCUGUGUACGCUAAAGAGAAGCUGAACGGCUUUGAGUAUCCCCCUGGGAACCGGCUUGUUGUGGCUUACAUAGAUGACGGGGAGGAUCGGUCCAGCCCUGUAGGGAAGAUGGCCAUGCAGCUGGUCGCAGCCCAGAUGAUGUCCAUGGUGUGGAACGGUCCCUCUGGCCCCCAGCUGAUGAAGACCAGUGCUGGCUUUGCGGCGCCCAGCGUCCCCCAGAUGCCGCGGGUCCAGACGGACGUGGUCCUGCCGCCCCUGAAGAAGCUGGCGCCCUCGGACAGCUGGGUGAAGGAGCGGCUGUUCGUGGUGUUCAACCCCGCCCCCCUGCCCGUGGACGUGCUGGAGGACGUGUUCUGCCGUUUCGGCUCGCUCGUGGAGGUGUACCUGGUGCCCGGGCGCAACGUGGGCUACAUGAAGUACGCGGAGCGGAAGAACGCCAACGACGCCAUGGCGGCUCUCCACGGGAAAGUGGUCAACGGCGUCAAGCUGAAGGUGAUGCUGGCCGACCCCCCCAAAGAGGAGUCCCACAAGCGCCAGAGGACCUACUAGACACCCCCCCCCCCCCCCCCCCAGUCGGUAAGUCCUACAGAAGGGUAAGCAAGUGCCCUUAACUAAGUGCACAUAGGGGGCUGUAGAGUAAGCAAAGUGCCCUUAACUGUGUGCACAUAGGAGUCUGUAGAAUAAGCAAGUGCCCUUAACUAGUGUGCAUAGGGGGCUGUAGAGUAAGCAAAGUGCCCUUAACUAGUGUGCAUAGGGGGCUGUAGAGUAAGCAAAGUGCCCUUAACUAAGUGUGCAUAGGGGGCUGUAGAGUAAGCAAAGUGCCCUUAACUGAGUGUGCAUAGGGGGCUGCACAGUGAGCAAAGUGCCCUUAACUAAGUGUGCAUAGGGGGCCGUAGAGUACGCAGAGUGCCCUUAACUGAGUGUGCAUAGGGGGCUGUAGAGUAAGCAAAGUGCCCUUAACUGAGUGUGAAUAGGGGGCUGUAGAGUAAGCAAAGUGCCCUUAACUGAGUGCGCAUAGUGGGCUGUAGAGUAUACAAAGUGCCCUUAACACUAGACAUAGACACAGUCUAUUUCCCUUAGGAGUGUAAUUUUAGUCAUAUCUGCCAAAUAAGUAACUCAGCCUCGUAAGUGUAUUAUAUUUUGAAGACACAAUGACAGCAAAUUUAUCUCAGCAUUUGAAAUGUCUACUGUAUGGUCACAGCACUGCAUUCUAUUAUUACUUAAUGGAGGAAAAUGCCUGUAUCAAGGCAAGGGUAUGACUUCUGUGUUCUUAAUCCUCAUGUGAUAUUGUGUGUGUUUGUAUCUAAACUUAUUUACAGGUCAAGCACACAAACAAUACAUGACUAAGUCAAACCAGCACACGUGUAUGUAACGUCCUGCAUGCUAUCUGACUGAAGUAAAUAUCUUUAAUAACAUCUGAUAUAAUUCAGAUACACUUAAGAUGUUUAAUAUGUGUUUUUCUAACAAGUAACAGAUUAUAUUUUUUCUAUUCCAUCAGGUUAUGAUCAUAUUUAUUAAUACGACUGCUGUGCAGAGAUGAGUUUAUCCAGUAGAGACACUAGAUGGUGGUUUAAUUCAAACAUUAAUAAGGAGGUGACAUUACUCUCCCCAGUCAGAGGUGUAUAUGUACUGUAGGGUUAGAAAGGUAGCCAUGCAAAAGGAAUGUAUUUUCAGCUGUCGUAUUCAUAUGUAGCGAGGACGUAUUUUAUGUCGUAGCUGCAUGUUUGUGUGAGUACGCACAUCUGCCGAUGAAGACACUGGGACAGUGUAUAUCACUGAGAAUUACAGUCAGAACACCUUGUGAAAGGAGGUUGUAAUUCAGAAAUGAUCAAUUUGGUCGAUGAAAUCGCACCCUCAGUUCCAAAUUCUCAACAAGCAGAAAAUGUAAAUAGGAAAGUACACUUUUAAAUGCAUUUAUGGUAUUAAAAUGACAUUAAAAUGACCUUAAGAAUGUAAUGUAAUAGGGCAGCGAUGUAUCUUGCUAGCUGGCUCUGCUGAGCUGCUGGGGCUAAAAGAGGUGAGAAGCGCUGUGGUAAGACAGGUGCUCUGAGCCUUCUGUCAAAGCUGAGCUGGUAGGCUGAACAUUGCGUUUUAGGCAUUGUGGAGUAUCUGCCCAUGUGACCUCUGAUGUCAUCAUUGACCCCUUCAAAGAGCUUAUGAAAUGGUUUUUCCCAUCAUAAAUCUAAUCGAUGAACGAUUCAUCUAACAAACAACUUGUUUCAGUGGCAGAACUCAAAUUUAUCCGGAUUAUGGCCACAGAAAGAGGUUUUGCAUGAAUACUUAAGUGAAAUUCUAUUAACUGUGAACAUUUAAUUUUCUUAUUGCUAAUUUUCUACACUCUACAUGGCAGAUAAUUAUUUAGCUUGCUAGCUAACGUCAAAUCUCUCAUUGUCUCGUUUAUUUUUACAACUGAAUAAGGAAGUGCUUGUUGGCUACU